UGCCCCAGACACGCCUCCAGCACUCAGAACAUGGAACCCACCGCUCUGUGACAUCAGCCCCGGCACCGAGGGCACCAAGGACACCGUGGCUGCUGUGGGCAUUGCGGCUGUGGCUGUGCUGCUGCACGGAGCCCUCAGUGCUUGCUGCUCACACGAGCCUCUGGCAGCCAUGAACUGGCUCAGCCUCCUCGUCCUGAUGACCGUGGCCGGGCUGGCCCACAGCAUGGAGUACACCUGCGGAGGAACCUGUGGACUCCAAGCUGUGCCAUCUGUUUACCAUCCUAUGACUUAUUCCUACGGCAGCCUGGAUUAUGGCAUGACACGUGUUGUGGGUGGCGCAGAUGCCCUGCCAGGGGCCUGGCCGUGGAUCGUCAGUAUCCGGCAUCCCUGGGUACCAGGCUUGAGACAUCUGUGUGGAGGGUCUCUCAUCAGGGCAGAAUGGGUCCUCACAGCAGCCCACUGCUUCGACCAGGUCACGGAUAUCGGCAUGGUGUAUCUGGUGAUUGGGGCCACCCAAUUGACUCAGCCGGGCCCUGGGGCACAACUGCGCCGUGUUAAGCAGUUGGUGAUACACCCGUACUACAAUCCUGACGACUAUAGCUAUGACAUCGCCCUGCUGGAAUUGGACCAUCCUGUCCUGUGCAGCCCCUACAUCCAGCUGGCCUGUGUGCCUGAUGCCACACUGAGAGUGUCAGAGCUGCAGAACUGCUGGGUUGCUGGCUGGGGUUCCACCGCUCCAAGAGCACAGACAUCAAGUGAUCACCUGCAGGAGGCCACAGUUCAGCUCAUCAAUCUCAAGAUCUGCAACAGCAGCCGCUGGUACGCAGGGAAAAUCCAUACCCACAACUUGUGUGCUGGUUACCCACAGGGCCUCAUUGACACCUGUCAGGGUGACAGUGGUGGUCCUCUCAUGUGUCAAGAGAAAAACAGUGACUACUGGUGGGUCGUUGGAAUAACCAGCUGGGGAAAGGGCUGUGCCAGAGCAAGGCGGCCUGGAGUCUACACAUCCACUCUGUACUUCUCUGACUGGAUCCUAUUCCAGAUGCGCCUGAGCCCAGAUGGAAGUCCCUCUCCAACAUCACGGGCAUGUAGUCAUUUUUUGACCACUUCACAUUUCUGGAUUCAUUAUAUUACCACCCCACAACCCCCUCUGAAGCCAUGGCCAAGAGCAACCCCCUCUCCAAAACCAAUGCCAGUACCAACAAUGGGCAAAGUUAACUCCUGCCCAUUUCCCAUCAAAAUUCUGAUGGAAUUCUUUAUUAGAGUGAAAGAACUACUCCAACAAAUCUUUGGGCAAAACACAUCUUGAGCAGCAGGACACCCACAAUCCAGUUAACAUUGCAGUGCACAGCAACCAUUUCCUCCUGGGACAAUGCCUGCUGAUCCAAAGGCAGCCUCAGGGUCAAAAACCUGCUCUGUCCUGCUCACAUUCCUCUGUUCAGGCAGACACUGCAGUUGACUUACAUGAAGUAAAGUUGCCUAUGGUCACAGGAAACCAUCUUUUUGGUCCAAUUUCUACUCCUGGGCAGGGCAAGGAUUGCCAUGAUCAGCAUCUGCAUCUGUGAAAUGAGCCUGAGGGCAGACCUGCCAAACACAAAGGGACAGAGUGGAUCCAAAGAGCCCCAAAGUGCCUGGUCAGAAAGAAGAGUGCUCUAAAACCACCAAGGGUUGGAGGAAUCUGGUCCAUCAAACCCAGGAAGGGAAUAGGAAAAAAGCAGACACUUUUGGGGUGGUGCUCAAAGGCCCAUGGGCUGCUCAUUAGGGCCUGGUGUGAGCCUGGGCUAAGGGAACAGAUCUGGAAAAGUCCCAAGCAUGACAAGGGAAACUCCUGGCUCCUGACUGGAGUGCCAGUGCCCCAAGGCAGAGCCAGAUUUCACUGGUACUAAGCGGG